AGUGGACGCGCAGCAGAGGACUCAUCAUGGCACCACUGGGACUAAAAGCCAUUGUUGGAGAAAAGAUAAUGAACAAUGUCAUCAAGAAAGCAAGAGAAAAAGGAAAAUGGAAGGUGCUGGUGGUGGACAAGCUGAGUAUGAGGAUGAUUUCCUCCUGCUGUAAGAUGACAGACAUCAUGUCAGAGGGAAUCACCAUUGUAGAAGACAUUACCAAGAAGCGUGAGCCUCUGCCCAGCAUGGAGGCCAUCUACCUGAUCACACCCUCAGAUGAGUCUGUUGAGGGUCUGAUUGAUGACUUCAGAGACCCACAGAAUCCAAGGUACCGAGGAGCUCACGUUUUCUUCACUGACACGAUCCCAGACUUGCUGUUUGGACUGUUGACCAAAUCCCGCGCCUCCAAAGCCAUGAAGGCCUUGACUGAGAUCCACAUCGCCUUUCUGCCCUAUGAAUCUCAGGUCUUCUCCCUGGACAAAGUGGAUGCCUUUCAGGACUUCUACAGCCCCUUCAAGGCUGAUGUGAAGAACAACAUGUUGGAGCGCUGUGCUGAGCAGAUUGCCACCCUCUGUGCCACACUCAAAGAGUAUCCUGGCGUCCGAUACAGAGCGGAAUACAAAGAUUGUGCAGUUCUGGCCCAGAUGCUUCAGGAGAAGUUGGACGGUUACAAGGCUGAUGACCCCACCAUGGGAGAGGGUCCAGACAAGAGUCGCACUCAGCUGCUCAUUCUGGAUCGUGGCUUUGAUCCCGUGUCACCCAUCCUGCAUGAGCUGACGCUACAGGCCAUGGCUUAUGACCUGCUGGGCAUCGAGAACGACGUUUACAGCUUUGAGACCAGUGGGAUGGGAGAAACGAGAAUGAAGGAGGUAUUGCUGGAUGAGGAUGAUGACCUGUGGCUGACUUUGAGACACAAACACAUUGCAGAAGUGUCAACGGCUGUGACUCGUUCUCUGAAAGAAUUCUCUGCCAGCAAAAAGAUGAACACUGGGGAGAAGACCACCAUGAAGGAACUAUCUCAGAUGCUGAAGAAGAUGCCUCAGUAUCAGAAGGAGCUCAGCAAGUAUUCAACCCAUCUCCACCUGGCUGAAGACUGUAUGAACCGCUACCAGGGCACUGUGGACAAACUCUGUCGUGUAGAACAGGAUCUAGCGAUGGGUGUAGAUGCAGAGGGAGAGAAGAUCAAGGAUCCCAUGAGGCUCAUUGUACCCAUUCUACUGGAUGCCAACGUCAGUGUGUCCGACAAGAUCCGCAUUAUCCUGCUCUACAUCUUCCUGAAGAAUGGUGUGACUGAGGAGAACCUGUGUAAGCUCCUUCAGCAUGCCAACAUCCCACCAGAAGACAGUGACAUCAUUUCCAACAUGGCCCACAUGGGCAUCCCCAUUGUCUCAGAGGGCACUGCAAAGAAAACCAAGAAGCCCGAUCGUAAGGAAAGAAUCAGUGAGCAGACCUACCAGCUCUCCAGGUGGACUCCGCUCAUAAAGGAUCUUAUAGAGGACGCCAUUGAGGACAAACUUGACCCUAAGCAGUACCCAUACAUUUCCCAGAGACAAGCAUCUGCCAAAGCCAGCGCUCCGUCGAGUGCUCGCUAUGGUAACUGGCACAAGAACAGGGGCCCAACUGAGAUGAAGACGGGGCCCAGGAUCAUUGUCUUUAUAAUUGGAGGGUUGACGUACAGCGAGAUGCGCUGCGUGUAUGAAGUCACCCAGGCCAAUGGCAAGUGGGAGGCCCUGAUUGGUUCCACCCACGUUCUCACACCCCCUAAGUACUUAAAGGAACUACAGCACCCAGACUUCCUGGACCCCAACGCCCCUCCAGAGGGCACAGAGGAGACGCCUGCAGAAUGAACAUACAUUCCACAGAUUUUGAAGAUCAACUGAAAUCUUCACCCCUUCUCGCCUUCUAAAAACCCUCAAAGACUUGGAGAAAGAAGAUCAGCGUAGUUAAGAAGUUCCUGGAGUGCUCCCUCUUCAGCCCUCAGCAGUAACAACAAACUCUGACUUCUCCUCUCCUCCCCCUGGCAUGAAACAUCAAAUAUAUGCUUGAUGUUGUACGACUCAGUUGCUGUUAACUCAUAAACCAAACUGUGUUUUACUUUUUUUUUGUGUGUGUAUUGAUGUUGAUCAAAGUUUAUUGGACGAGAUUGGAUUUGUGUUGAAUGUUUACUGUAUACUGUGGGCCAUUUAUUCCUUUGGAAAGGUAAUGUUUGUAAAUUAGUUUAGAUGAUUGGAUGAAAUUCAGGGAUCAUAGGCUAUUAUUGAAAACUGGUUAUAGAGAGUAUACUGGAACAACUACUCCACUUGAUUUGCACUUACAACAGAGCAAAAUGGUCCUUCUCAUUGAAGACCCGUGGACUAUCGGUGUACUCAUUUUUUUAUCCUGUCAAUACAUACAUACAGACUUAUAUACUUCCUGCUUUGUAUCCCUGCCAAUACAUAACCCUCUUUUUCUUUUAUUUUUCGGUCAGUUUUUAAUUAGUGCUUUCCUAACAGUAGCAACCAUGCCAUACUGUACAAAUCAUCAGUGAUGUGUCUGGCCUUGGAAAUGCCAAUGCAAAGCCACUCUGAUGGCAUAUUUAGCUGUAGAUCAAGCAUUUGAAAAGUAAAAUAUGCAGCAUAGUUGAAUUGUCUCUUGUGCAUUGUCUCAGUACACAGCAGUGUUUAUGGCAAUGUUUUUCUCUCCUGUAGAGACUUCCCUUUUGGUUCCCUGUGGUUGACCAUAAUGUUGUCAUUGGUUAUUGUUGUGCAGUGAUUGUCUGUAACUACUCCACUGUGUAUAAAGAGAGAUAUCAGUAUUAUGACAAGUACGUGCUUGUAUGUCCACAUCCAUGAAUGACA